CUUUAUCGAAACUAAAGUUGUCGCUUAGAAUAGAUCCUCACGGUGAAAGUGAAUGGAAUCCAAUUUGAGUAUGCCAAUCUCUAUGCGUUAAUAGUAAGUUUAAUCAUCGAUAGGAUAGGUAGCCAUAGAGGACGACAUGACUAUACACUAAAGUUUGGUUGCAAUAAUAGCAAAUAUUUGAUCAGUUCAAUCAACAUUAUUGCUCUAUUCUUUGAUGCUAUAGAAAAACUCCAAUAGCUAGACUCGAAGGAAACCGCGUAAAACUUUAAUAAAAUUCACAAUAGCUAAUCAAAACGGAAUAAUAAUAAAAGAAAAGAGGUAAAGCAUAAUAGAAUUCCGGAAAACGACACCGAGAUGAAUACAUGUAGUGACGGCAGUACAAGUGAAUUAAAAGCAGUUUGCAGCAACGCUAAUAAUGUAAAUACUACAACAACACGCAGCAGUUAUCCUGUAACGUCGUCACAUCUGCCUACAUCGUCAUCAACGGUGAUGGUGGCGGCAGUUGAUAAUUCUUGCAUUCUCUCCAAAUCAAUAUAUCAUGGUGCUGCGGUAAUAAGUGCCAGUAGCGGUAAUAAAACGUCAGCAAAAGAUGCUGGUAAUACUAGUACUAAUAAUGCAACAAACAGCGUAGUAGAUUAUGAUAGCGGAGCCUCUGUAAGCAAUGGGGUAGGUUUUAGUGCGGUAACAAACGAUGGUGUUGGUGUAAUAACUGUGGGUGGAAUGGGUGCAGCAAAUAAACCUCAAGAACGAUAUGUGUGGGAAAUGCGCGCGCGCAGCCCGAACGUAACACCAGCAAGUACUGUACUCAAUUCACCAGAUCUCAAUAACGAUAUGCAGUAUUCUUUACAUCCUCAUCAAAGACAGAUGCAACAAAUACGAGUUGGCCGUAGUCCUGGUAGCCAGUUUGAACAGCAUAACAUACUGCCACAGGGCUUAGCUUCACCGGGUUCUCCUACCGAUGUAGGCAAAGCUGAUGGCCAAUGUGUACGUGACGGUGAAAUAGUUGUGUUUGAUGAUAUUGAUACCAACUGGAUGAAUAAGACAAACAGCAGUUACGCAUCGAAUCAUAAUAGUAGCAUACGCGAUGUUUUUCAUGGCAAUGAAGAUGUUUUGAAAGUUACCAAAAUGAUUGGGCAAUUGGCGAUAGCAGAGUAUGAGGGCUCGCCUAGACGUUUCGGUAAUCAGCCACCAAUAAAAGCGACAUUUCCAAAAAGGCCACCUGGUUUUCCGCAACGUGUAUCACCUCUGUCAUCCAUGUCGCCGCAACAGCAGCUACAACAUCAAGAGCAACAAGAAGCUGCGCAUGCACGGCACCAACAAAUGCAACAGCAGCACCAAUUUUAUGCGCAAGCCACAUGUGGUGGUGGUUUGGCUGUAGGGGGCAGUGCAGCCAAUUUAUCCAAUUCUUCUAUGCUUCUCAAUCAUAACACCGAUAGUCAUAAGUCCGUAGGUAAUCUUAUAGAUAUUGAUGCAGAUGACGGUGACGCGGGAAGUGGUGGUGCUUCGGCAACUCCAGUAUCCUCCUAUAAUGAAACAUUGCAAUCGAAAGUGCGUUCGCCAACGUUCGAUUAUUUGUACGAGUUCUCAGAGACACGUAAAGUGUUAGAGGAAUUUUUUAAAGCAAAUGCCGAUGAUGAAAAACGCUUUACUGAUUUCACCGAAAGUGCAGACGAUUUAGGUAGCUGCGAGGCCCAUAAUGACUUCGAAAUACAGCAGCAAUUGCAAGAUGAUAGUAAUAAACAUAUCGAUAAGGCUUACAUUGGUCAACGUUUAGCUAGAAUACCAAAAGAUGAAUUAUAUAUGGUGCACCGUUCACCUAAAAAACAACAGAAGCAAUCGCAACAGCAGCAGCAUUUACAACAGCAACAGCAACAGCAACAGCAACAACAACAACAGAUGUGUGAUAACGUAUAUAAUGAUAGCAACGAUAUUGAAUUGUAUAUUGACUCGAAUAGUCGCAGUAGUGGAGACUUAGCUGACACUGAAUUGGAAGCGAAUUUGCGACGGCAUUCGCGCAAUUUCACUCUGUCGCCUGAGACGACGGAUUACGAUUCCAAUUGCGGUGAUUUAGAUAGUUUGUCGAACGAUAUAAACUGUACAACAGACUUUGGAAAAUUAUAUACCAGUAUGCCGGUGCUAGAAGAUGGCUUAUCAAGUGGCCAUGCUUCGGAUACAGAAAACAAUUGUCAUAAAUAUGAGGCAAAUGGUGACAGCAAUGACGGAUGUAAUGAUAAUGCUAGUAAUGAGAAUGGCGGUGGUAGCGAUAUAGAUACGUGUGGUAUUGAGCUAGAAAAACAAGCAAAUUAUCAAAAUAAACAACAAGAAAUGUUUGAACAAAAUAAAUAUAAUAAUAGUUUAAUACAAGAAUACUUGGAUAGUAAUUGCACGGCUAAUGAUGUAAUUGCGAGCUUAAUGGAAAUAGGCGUUGAUGAUGAGACAUUAAAAGCGCGUAAAAUUCAACAACAAAUGCAUUGCAGUGAUAUAGCUCUUUCCGGGAAAGCAGCUUGUUGUAACACAUCUUCAUUUAAUGACAGAAACGAAUUGAAUAAUGGAUCUAAUUAUGAGCCAAUUUACGCUUCUAUAGCAAAGCAAACACCACCACCGCCACCUGCUCCUCAACCUCACCGUCAAAUGCGCUGUAAAUUACCUGGACGAGCCGAAUCUGUAGAGAUUCAAGAAGCCAUGAAAGAGAUAAGAUCGGCCUUGCACAGAGCUAAAACGCAACCGGAGAAGUUGAAGUUUUGUGAUGAAGUACUACCGCCAGAUCCUGAAUCCCCCAUUUGGGUGCCACGCAAAACACAAAUGGAAUUAAAUUCUACUCCAACUAGUAAUGUGAAAGCGUUAAAUAAUUGCGAUGAAGAAGAACAAGAUACGGACUUGGAAACAGAUCGUUUGUUAGGACAACAAAGAACAGACGAUCAAGAUUUUUUCGAAGAAAAGAACCUAUGGCCGAAAACUUCACGCCUUAAUUCAACUCUUAAUUCAAACGAACAAUCACCAUCAACAUCUGAUGUUACAAUGCUGACUUCCAAUUCGUUAAGUUUGAAACCGCAAUCAUUUUCAUCAGCCACCAUACGUCAAGGCAUCGGUACUUCUUUAACACCUAAUACUCCCGAUCAUUACCAGGUUGUCGGCAAUGCUGAUGUGACCUUAACAUCUCCCGAAAAAUUGCAAUACACCAAAAGCCCUACAGGUUCUAUAAAAUCAUUAAAAGAUUCUAGUAAUCACGAUACAAAAUCAAAAACCCGUAAUAAAGAAGGUCUUUUGGAUCCGUUAGUGUUGAUCGAGGGCGUCUUGUUUCGGGCACGUUAUUUAGGGUCCACUCAACUGGUGUGUGAAGGUCAACCUACAAAAUCUACGCGUAUGAUGCAAGCCGAAGAAGCCGUAUCACGCAUUAAGGCUUUGGCGCCCGAGGGCGAAAAUCAACCUUCAACCGAAGUCGAUUUAUUCAUAUCAACCGAAAAAAUAAUGGUUCUAAAUACUGAUUUAAAAGAAAUUAUGAUGGAUCACGCUUUGCGUACCAUUUCCUACAUUGCCGAUAUAGGCGAUUUAGUAGUAUUAAUGGCACGCAGACGUUUUGUCCAUUCAGAGAAUUGUAAUUCUGGUGCUGAUACUGAGGCAACAAACACAGCCAUAAAUAAUAACGCCAACGGUGGUAGUAAUAAAGAAAAAGAUCUUAAAGAGAAUAAUGCCAGUGGGUCGAGUAAUAAUAAACAUAAUCGCACGCCUAAAAUGAUAUGUCACGUAUUUGAGAGUGACGAAGCUCAAUUUAUAGCUCAAUCCAUUGGUCAAGCCUUUCAGGUGGCCUAUAUGGAAUUCCUAAAAGCCAACGGUAUUGAAAAUGAAAAUCUCGCCAAAGAGAUGGAUUAUCAAGAGGUGCUUAAUAGUCAAGAAAUAUUUGGGGAUGAAUUGGAGAUAUUCGCUAAAAAGGAGCUACAAAAAGAGGUGGUAGUGCCUAAAGCAAAAGGUGAAAUAUUAGGUGUCGUCAUUGUAGAAUCUGGUUGGGGUUCAAUGUUACCAACAGUAGUAAUAGCGAAUCUAAUGUCUGGUGGAGCGGCAGCCCGUUGCGGCCAAUUGAAUAUCGGUGAUCAAUUGAUAGCCAUAAAUGGUUUGAGUUUGGUUGGCCUUCCGCUGUCAACAUGUCAGAAUUACAUACGAAAUGCAAAAAAUCAGACUGCUGUUAAAUUUACUGUAGUGCCCUGUCCACCAGUGGUGGAGGUGAAAAUAUUACGUCCCAAGGCCCUCUUUCAAUUGGGUUUCAGUGUACAAAACGGUGUGAUUUGUAGCCUUUUACGCGGUGGCAUUGCUGAACGUGGCGGCGUUCGUGUCGGUCAUCGUAUCAUUGAAAUCAACAAUCAAAGUGUGGUGGCUGUGCCACAUGACACAAUUGUUAAACUCCUAUCAUCGUCAGUGGGUGAGAUAUUAAUGAAGACAAUGCCCACCUCCAUGUUUCGUUUACUUACCGGUCAAGAAACACCAAUUUAUAUAUAAAGUGCUCCGGAAAAUAUAUAAAAAAAAAAAAAUAAUAAUAAAUAAAUAAAAGGAGAAAAUUAAUCUAAAUAAGAUUCAAAAAAAGAGCCGCAAGAUAAGAAUUAUUCGAAAACUUUAUACUUACCCCACACAUACACAC